AUGCCACCAACACCAAAAAGACACCUAUAUCACACGUCCACUACAGACCUAUCGCAUGCGAUCGAUAGGUCUAUAGACGAGAGUAUUUUCCCCGUGGCGUACACGGAGGAGGAGGAGAACUUCUUUCUGUCGAACCCGAAACCUUCGUACCUCUCGUAUCUGAUCGAGGACGUCAAACAGUUUUUGAGCCACCAAAGGAGUAUGAAGAGGGACAAAGUUGUUCUUGUUACUUCAGGGGGCACAACGGUCCCGCUGGAGAACAACACUGUCCGGUUUGUCGAUAAUUUCUCUGCUGGGACAAGAGGCGCAUGUUCUGCAGAAUAUUUCUUGAAACACGGGUACAGUGUUAUUUUCUUACACAGAGAGUUCUCCCUUGUGCCCUUUGACAGGUUGUUCCAGCACAACAACUUGGAUAAUAACAAUUUCCUGGACUUCUUCGACAGCGAGGGGAAUCUGAACACGGAGUACAAGAAAACGGUCCUGAAGAACAAGAGGUUGUACGAACAGUACCUGAAAGUGGAACAGACGCUGUUGAUGCUCCCCUUCACGACGGUAAACCAAUAUCUGUGGUCUCUGAAGAGCAUCAGCCAGCUUAUGGACCAAAGAAGUAGCCUGUUCUACCUGGCGGCCGCUGUGAGCGAUUUUUACAUUCCGUAUUCGAGAUUGCCAAAGCACAAGAUACAGUCUAGAGACUACAAACUGAAGACGGAAGACGAUGCGGCAAAUGGGAACGGCGCAGCUCAACAACAGAGCACCACGACCACUGAAGAUGGGAGACUGAUAGUCAGCAUGGACCCUGUACCCAAAUUCUUGCGGCGACUCGUCGAAUCAUGGGCCCCGAAUGCGAUGCUCGUGUCGUUUAAGCUCGAGACAGACCCGUCCAUACUGCUACAGAAGGCGCAGCUGUCCCUGGAGAAGUACCAGCACCAACUAGUCAUCGGAAAUCUGCUGCAAACCAGGAAACGGGAAGUCCUGUUCGUCGCUCCGGAGCUGCAGGAAGGACAGUGGAUAAAGCUGGACUCGGACUACGCGGACCUCGAAGAGGUCAUUGUGAAAGAAGUCUCGAAACACCACGACAAAUGGAUUAAGAGUGGUAAAGUAUGA